GAGCUUCAGGCUACCUGAGUCAGUCAGGAGGAGAAUCAGGGACGUAGGAUCACACAUUUGUCUCAGUUCUCGUGUGCAUUCGUGUCAACAAGCGAGUGUCCAAAAUGACACUGGAACCCUUGAGAUCGGCUUUAUCUCUCGGGGAGAUUGGAGAGACGUCGCUGGCGGUUCCGUCAGACGGGGAUUCCCACACGGGCAAGCGGCGCGUCAUGGAGCAGGUUAGCACCAUGAGAAAGAGCAGGAGCAAGUACAGAGGAUCAGCAGGAACACUGUCCCCCACCAGCCCCAAGAGUGACAGUGUCUUUUACGAAAGCAAGUUCGCUUCUUUUCCUGCAAAUGGAUCGGACUUUUUGCAUGAGAGCGCUUUCGCAAAUGGACAUGCAAAAAUGAGGCAACAGAAGCACGGCAUGAUGCAGAGGAGUGUUAGCACAAAGUCAGCCAACUAUCACAGGGUCCAAAAUAACAGUAUGUUACCGAGCAGCCUUCCUGCUAUAAACCAACCCUAUGCAGACCUCUAUGCCAAUCAAGGGGCCUUGAAUAUUAACACCACCCGCUGGAGCCAGAAUUUCAGGCAUUCAAAAAACAUGGACAGGACUCAAGUCCAACCUCCACUCACCAACUCCACUCAACAAACAAAGGUGAACGGCAAUACCAUUAACAAGAGACCUCCCUCUGCCCACUCAAACUCUGAGCCCAAGCUCUCAGUGCCAAGCAGGACAAAGUCUGAGACAAACGGAAUGAAUGGAGAGGCAAACAUGUCUAGUAUCGCAUUAGUAGACGCGAUAUUAAUGAUCACCCAUGGGAAUGAAAGGCAGCAGCUGCUUGGAGCUUCCGUUAUUCAGCAUAAAACAUUCACAGAUGACAAGGCCAAGGAAGAGGUAUUUAAGUAUGGUGGCAUUUCUCAUUUGGUGGCCUUGCUCAGCAGCUCGAACCCUGACAUCCAACUGACGUCGGCCUCUGCAUUGCGUAAUCUUGUCUUCAAAAAUUCAGCCAACAAGGAGGAGGUACGGCGCACAGGAGGGUUGACCAUGGCUUUGCAGCUACUCCGAGACACUAACUCGGCUGAAACCCAGAAACACGUAACCGGUCUUCUGUGGAACCUAUCUUCGGAGGAAAGCAUUCAACCUGAUCUACUACGACAGGCUCUUCCGGUUCUUACUGAGACAGUGCUGCAGCCGAAUGCAGACACCUCAGCCAUAGAGUCUGAAUUAGAAUCUCGCACUGAGAGCUUCUGCAAUGCCACAGCAUGCCUACGAAAUCUCAGUUCUGGCAAACUGGCAAACCGGCAAGCCUUGCGUAACUGUGAGGGCCUGAUUGACUCACUAGUCAAACACUUGCAGUCUUCUAUGGAGAACGACCAGCUGGAUGAUAAGUCUGUGGAGAAUUCUGUGUGCGUUCUUCACAACCUCACCUAUCAGCUGGAAACCGAGGUGCCUUCUGUGUUUAGCAAGAUUAACAACCAGGCUAUGGCUUCUGAAAGCCGCGCUAACGCCACUGACACCGGCCCUAUCGGCUGCUUUAGCAACCAGAGCCGCAAGAUCCAGCAAGAGAGCAACAUCGAAUCCACAAUGAUCGAUGACUUCGAUCCCAAAGGCAAGAGCCAACUUAUUCACUCAAAGACGCUGCAGACUUAUCUGAAAAUGCUGGGUUCCAGUCAGAACACAAACAUUCAGGAGGCGUGCUGCGGAGCUCUGCACAACCUCACUGCCAAGAAGGGAAUCGUGUCAGAUGUGUUGAGUUACACCAUUGUCCAGAGGCUGAAUGGUAUAAAGUACCUCUCUCCACAUCUACGAUCACAGAAUUUGUCCCUGAAGAACGGCAUCACCACACUGAUGGGGAACCUGUCUCGAACUCCCUCACUGCACAGAACUCUAGCUCGUCAGGCUCUUCCCGAUGUCAUCCAGACCUUGACAUCUGAUAUUACACCAGAAUCUGACAGCGCCACGGCAGUAGCCUGCCACACGGCAAACAACCUGCUGAGGGCGGACCCUGAGAAGGGAAAGACGUUACUAAGCAAUGACCUGAUCAACUCGCUCAAUAACAUGAGUCAAAACAUAACCCUGCCGAAGGCCAGUAAGGCAGCAGGAGCUCUCCUUCAUAGCCUUUGGUCUGACAAGACUCUUCAGAGUUUCCUCAAGAAGCAAGGGAUGAGUAAGAACUUCUUUGUGAAUGAUAUAACUUCAGCUGCAAUUAGGUCUCUUCAUAUUGUUGAGUAAACUGAUCAUCGUGCCGGUGACUUCAACAAACGUCCAACUCUGCGUAACAGCUACAGAAAAUAACUUCUUAACUAUACACAUGAAUAUACUAUACACAUCAUAUAUUCCUGUCCGCUUUGAAUAUAAAGAAAUAAAAAAAAAGGAAAAAGCAGCUAAGGGGAAUGUAAAUGAGCUUUACAGCUCUGAGUUUGCACAGAAAUUGGGAAAAAAAUAUUUUAUUUCUUUUCUUUAUUUCAAAUAGAUUUUUCUUGUGUUGCAUGGAAGUGCCAUAAUGGGAACAUAUUACAUUUUUUAUUACAUUUAUUACAUUGCAUCUAGUUGAUGGAUUGCUAUUUUGAGUAUGAUGAUAUUCUGACAUGGAUCUGCCUACAUGAGAGGGGAUAAACUGCAAAUUUUCAUGCCUUUUUAUUUUAAUGUUACAAGUAUUGUGGUAUUUAUGUCUGUACCUUUGAGAGUCACAAACUGCUGGAACCAAAUUCCUUGUGUGUGUCAACACACUUGGCCAAUAAAUCUGAUUCUGAUUCUGAUGAAUGAAUAAAAAUGGAUAAAUGUCUCAAGGAUUAAAGUUUUGGUUCCUGCCAACCCAAUACAGUUAGUCUUAAGCUGAGGUAUUAGACACCAAGGUAUUAUUAUGAAUAUUCAUAUAUGUUGUUGUUGUUUUUUUUCCAGAUUUAUUGCAUUUUAAUAAUUUUUCACUUGAUCUUACCGUUUGAAGAGGGUGUCUUUGUAAUUGCUCGAUUUAUUCAAGUCUCAUGUUUGAGUUGUUAAUAUCUUUUUUUUUUCAGCAGAAACCAAAUAAAGCUUUUUGAAAUGGU